AUGCCUGGCUUAACUUGGACUCGAGGAAAUGUGUACUCUGUCAACUCAACAACGCCGAGUCGAUUAACUGGAUCUAUGAUUAGUACUACUCGUCCACAAACCCUGGUCAACAGCACCGGGUUCUAUGAAACUGUCACUCCACCAACAUAUGCCGAAUACGAUGUCUCGCAAGUAAUCGACGUCAAAGACGUCGCUGCUCAUCCCGUUGCCGGAGAUGGAGUGACAGAUGAUACUGCCAGUCUCCAAGCAAUCCUCAACUCCGCUGCCGGCAAGCAGCUCCUGUACUUUCCACAUGGCAUCUACCUUCUUACCGACACCUUGCUUAUACCUGUUGGAAGCAGACUGGUCGGAGAAUCCUUCACCGAGUUUAGCGCAAGUGGAAGCAAAUUCAAGAACGCCAAACAACCAACACCCAUGCUCAAAAUCGGCAAUGCUGGCGAUGUGGGCGUCGCACAAUUGACAGACUUCAUCUUCACUGUCGCCGAUAUACUUCCUGGGGCCGUGUUAGUCGAGGUCAAUAUGGCAGGCGGCAAACCAGGCAAUCAGUCCCGUGACCUGCACUGCUGCACGAAUCUCUGCCCACUUGACAUCUACUUCCUCGUCAUACUGGGAAACUCGUGGGCUUGGGUCGCAGAUCACGAUCUUGAUGGAAGCAGUACUCAGACACCAUCUCCUGGAGGAGGGUUCUUGGUUGAGGCACAACGUGGGACAUGGCUACUGGGGUUGGGAAUUGAGCAUCAUACUUUAUAUCAAAUGAACAUCGUGGGGGCGAAGAAUGUGUUCUUGGGAUUGCAGCAAGGUGAGGCUGCUUAUUGGCAGGGGGCUGGAGCUACGGUCCUUGCACCUGCUCCUUGGACAGAUUCUUUGCUGCCAAGUGAGCCUCCUGAUUGGAGUUGGUGUGCGGCGACUGAUGCUGUGUGUCGCAUGGGUCUUUAUCAGCGUGUCUCAAACUCUUCUAUUAUCAACAUCUCCUCUGGCGGAUUCUGGAAUUUCGUCUCUGGUCCUUCCCGCACUUUUUGCGCAACAGACUGUCAAGAUAAUGCUGCUCUUUACGAGAGCAGCUCAAAGGUGUUCACGUAUGGAAUAAGUACAAUCAAUAGCAAGACCUUGAUUCUCGAGAGUGGGGUCGGAGGAGAUAAGGAUGUUGCCGAAGUCGUUAGGACUGCCAAUUCAGGGGCAGCCCACGAUGGUUUUCCAACUGGCAUUAUGGCCGCUUAUUUGAGGAUGAGUGGAUGA